ACUCCCACAGUCGGCCGCGCUCUGGCUGCGGCGGCGUCGGCGGCGCGGAGCUCGCCCCGAGCUGCUGGCGUUCGCGCCGCGCCGCUCAUUGCCCUUGCCUCCUUUGGCGUGAUCCGGGACACCAGGAAGCGGCUCCGCCAUGGCCUGGGGCCCCGUUCCCGGCUGAACCAUUUCCUUCUUUUUCUUAUUUUGCCUCUGCUUUGGCUGAAAGCCCCCGCCCAGAAGGCCGAUUCGUCGCGGCGGCGGUGGGGAUCGCAGGUCGCUCAGGCUUGCAGAUGGGUCAGGGGCUGUGGAGAGUGGUCAGAAACCAACAGCUCCAGCAGGACGGCUACAGCGAGCAAGGCUACCUCAGCAGGGAACAGAGCAGGAGGCUGGCCUCGGGCCCCCUCCCCAGCGGCGGGCAGCGGAAGCAGGUGCAAGGGGGCAUGGAUCUCUAUCAUCUCCUCAAGGCCAGGAAGUCGAAGGAGCAGGAAGGGUUCAUCAACUUGGAAAUGCUGCCUCCCGAGCUCAGCUUCACCAUCCUCUCCUACCUGAACGCCACAGACCUCUGCUUAGCCUCUUGCGUUUGGCAGGACCUUGCCAACGACGAACUCCUCUGGCAAGGGUUGUGUAAAUCCACUUGGGGUCACUGUUCUAUAUACAAUAAGAAUCCACCUCUAGGAUUUUCUUUCAGGAAAUUGUAUAUGCAGCUGGAUGAAGGCAGCCUCACAUUCAAUGCCAAUCCAGAUGAGGGAGUGAACUACUUUAUGUCCAAGGGUAUCCUGGAUGAUUCGCCAAAGGAAAUAGCAAAGUUUAUCUUCUGUACAAGAACACUAAAUUGGAAAAAACUGAGAAUCUAUCUUGAUGAAAGGAGAGAUGUCUUGGAUGACCUCGUAACAUUGCAUAAUUUUAGAAAUCAAUUCUUACCCAAUGCACUGAGAGAAUUUUUUCGUCACAUCCAUGCCCCUGAAGAGCGUGGGGAAUAUCUUGAAACUCUUAUAACGAAGUUCUCACAUCGAUUCUGUGCUUGUAACCCUGAUUUAAUGAGAGAACUUGGCCUUAGUCCCGAUGCUGUCUAUGUACUGUGCUACUCCUUGAUCCUCCUUUCCAUAGACCUCACUAGCCCUCACGUGAAGAAUAAAAUGUCAAAGAGAGAAUUCAUCCGAAACACCCGGCGCGCUGCUCAGAACAUCAGUGAAGAUUUCGUAGGGCACCUCUAUGACAACAUCUACCUUAUCGGCCACGUGGCUGCCUAAAAGCACAAGUGCUCGGACUUUGGACUUCUGACUUCAGACGAAAGGACUCUUCCGCAGAUACGGGCUUCCCUUAGUGCUGGGCAUGCCAGCCUCUGUAUACAAUCAAGCUUGAGUGUACAACUUUUUUUUUUCCCUCUCACCGUUUUAUUUUUUAACAAUUUCCUUGGGGAACUAAAGAAUAUUGCAGAAUUAUUCUUAAUUUUGCUCAUCAUGUUUUGCACAAAGCAGAGCCAUUGUCUGCCACGGUUAUUUAAGAAUGUUAAACUGACAAGAUAGGGGAUGGUAUGUUUGUGCAUUAGAUUUGCCUGAAAAACUUUAUUCAUUUUCAUUCUUUUUUUAAAAUACCAUGUAAUGUGUACAUAUUUAACUGAAGAGAUUUAUAAUCAUAAUUAUUUUAUUGUAAAGAUUUUAACUAAAAUCUUUCAUUUUCUCUCA